AUGUCUGCCUUACCAAAGAGAAUUAUUAAAGAAACUGAAAGAUUGGUUAGUGAUCCUGUACCAGGAAUCCAAGCAACACCAAAUGAAGAUAAUUUACGUUACUUUCAGGUGAAAAUGAGGGGGCCAAUACAAUCACCAUAUGAAAAUGGUAUUUUUAAAUUGGAAUUAUUUUUACCAGACGAAUAUCCAAUGGAACCACCAAAGGUACGUUUCUUAACCAAAAUUUAUCACCCAAAUAUUGAUAGGCUAGGUCGUAUUUGUUUAGAUGUUUUAAAAAAUAACUGGAGUCCUGCAUUGCAAAUUAGAACAAUAUUAUUGAGUAUUCAGGCUUUAUUGGCUACGCCUAAUCCUAAUGAUCCUUUAGCUAACGAUGUUGCUGAAGAAUGGAUUAAAAAUGAACCACAGGCUAUUAAAACAGCAAAAGAAUGGACUAAACUAUAUGCCAUGAACGAAGUAAUGGAUUAA